CCGAUAGGGUGAGGGAGUGAGGGGAAGGGGUGGUCGGUGUAUCGCUUUUGCACUCAUGGCUAUUUUCCUCCUCGGAUGUUGCUGCACCAGACUGUCAAGACAACCGGUCACUCUGUAGCGUCAUCAACCAGAGACGGGUGAGGAGGUGGGGCCGCAAGAAACCGGCGAAGGAAGUGACGUAAAAAAGGAUUGCCUCCGAGAACGUGAGCUGGGAGUACGUUGAGGCCAUGGCCCCUCGGCGCCUCCUGUUGGUUGGGGAGGGGAAUUUCUCCUUCGCAGCCGCUCUGAGCGAGACCCUGGAUCCGAGCACCAGUAUAACUGCCACCUGCCUCCAGCGCCCGGCCGACUUGACGCGGGAUCCGCUGGCCCGGGAGAAUCUGCAGCGCCUGCGCGAGCGAGGUACCGAGGUACGCUUUGGUGUGGACGGCACCCAGCUGGUAGAUGCCUUUGAACUGCAAGACAGAGAGUUUGAUCGAAUUUAUUUUAACUUUCCGCACUGUGGACGCAAAGCUGGAGUAGCUAAGAACAGGGAACUGCUUGCCAAGUUUUUCCAGAGCUGUGCAGAUGUUCUUGCAGAGGAAGGAGAAGUCCAUGUGGCAUUGUGUAGAGGACAAGGUGGGACUCCUGCUGAUAAGCCCAUGAGAGAAUGGCACAACAGUUGGCAAGUGGUUGCUAUGGCAGCUCUGGGGGGAUUCAUUUUAAGUGAUGUGCAUCCCUUCAGCUGUGAGGCUGUGCCAGGGUACAAGUGCACUGGAUAUAGGAGUCAAGAUAAGUCCUUUCAUGUAGAAGGUGCUUUGAACCAUAUCUUUACCCGGAGCUUACCCUAUGAAGGUUUGCAACCAAGAAUUUCCAGGAUCAAACUGGGUGACCAGUGGUUUUCUUUUCUAGAACCAGAAGUACUUGUAGGAAAGCUGAACAGGGGUUUCCUAGAAGCACCUUCAUAUCAUCCUAUCAAAACCAUAAAUGAGAAACUCAUUGCUGAAAUGGGGAAAGCUUUCCCUCUAAAAAGGCUGAAGUGUUCUUCCCCUUUGCUGCCACAGGGAGACACCAGUGUUCUCACUUCCUGCCACUGUGACAUCCUGUCAUCUGCCUUUUGGAUUAGUCUCCAUGAAGAUAACUCAAAUUUUGAGUCCCUCACUGGUGGGACAACACAAGACAUGGAGGAUUUUCUAGUGUCAUUUUCAGAACUCAGCCUUCCCAAGAACCCUAGAAGAGACAGUAAGGAAGAAGCUCAGGAAGUAACGUAUGGCCAGGCCAAGGUCUGCCUUAGACCUUCUCUUCUAAUUCAUGUUCAGGCUCUAAUCCAAGCACCAGACUUCCUCCCAGGUUCUCUGUACAUCCUCAGUGGACCUGUAUUUCAGAAGUGCCGCAUCUCACCUUUCACAAUGCCAGCAUUUCAUGAGACUUUGUUUAUCCUUGGAUUUAAUAAAAAUCUGAAGGAUGGCUGUCUUCAGUCACUACUGGAUCAUCUGAAGGGCAUUCUAGAUAGCCUUCUGACCCAGACAUUGCUCAAGGGCUCUAAGCUGGGCAGUUCAGUGGAAUUUGUCUUUCAACCACCUGGGGAAGAUUAUAUGAUUACUGUGAAGUCUCAAAAUUUUGGCCCAGAUUGUGUUAAGGAUUUGAUUAUUGGGUCUGUUACCACAUCUGCUACAAGCAUCAUACACAAAGACCAGUGUUUUGUGUGUGUGUCUAUGAACUUGGACCUAUUAGCCAUGCUUGUCUGGGGUAUCUCUGAUUGGAGGAUGUUGUGGACCUUUGAUAAUCGUUUCCUGAAGAAUUUUGCCCCUGGGAAAAUAGAACCCUUUAAAAGCUAUUCCCUAUAUCCUCCAUACUAUGUGCAUGAUAUUAGUUUUUGGUUAGAUACAAAGAAAAGAUUUGAUGAAGUAGAGUUUCACACUGUGGCCCGAGCAGUGUCACAGGACACUGUCAUAUCCAUACAAUUCCUUAGUCGUUUCCAGCAUCCAAAGACGGAACAGGUCAGCCUCUGCUAUAGAUUGACCUACCAGACCUGUGACAAGGCCCUCACCCAGCAGCAGGUAGCAUCAAUGCAGUCCCAGCUAAGGAAGGAGAUUCAACAACAACUACAUGUGACACCUCGGUAGUUUAGUAAAUUCAUCUCUACAUAGUGAUCCUCGUGGGUGUGGAUGAAAAAGACCAAUUUGUAACCGGUAGUUCUUUCCAGACUUUUUUUUUUUUUAAUCUUUUACUUUGUGACUAUAGCUACUGAUGGUUGA